GAAGAAGAUUCUUAUUUUGAAAGAAUCGAUACCCGACGUCACUUCCGGUUGAUGUUGAGCAUUCUCAUAACAGAAAGCUGGAGCUGCGACUGGAAGCUAACGCUAAGCUACACCUUUUAACACCACAAAGCAGAAGAACAACAUGUCAGAUACGGAGACAAAACCAUCCAGUCAAGACGGGGGAGAUAAGAAGGAUGGAGAGUACAUCAAAUUAAAAGUGAUUGGUCAGGACAGCAGCGAAAUCCACUUUAAGGUUAAAAUGACGACACAUCUGAAGAAGCUGAAGGAGUCUUACAGCCAGAGACAGGGUGUUCCAGCAAGCACGCUAAGGUUUCUGUUUGAAGGACAGAGAAUCGCAGACAACCAAACUCCAAAAGAGCUGGGGAUGGAGGACGAGGACGUCAUUGAGGUUUAUCAAGAACAGACUGGCGGAUUUUGGAAUGAUUAAACCUCCUGCAUUUCUAAAUCUUUUUUUUUUUUUCUUAUUUUGUAUUUUAUUUUGUAUGUAUGUACGUAUUUUUGUUCAGUUUCAAACCAUCUGGAUCAAAACCAACUCUUAUCAGGGCUUCCAUGUAUGAGGGCAGAAAGGUGAACAGACUGAGGUAAGGAUGAGGAAAAGGACAGCGGGUCUCUGGUCCUCUUAAGUGCAGGGAUGCUCAUGUUGUUGACCCGAGCAAUAGCAUUCAACGUGAGUGUUAUUACAUAGACAAACAUCUGUUUUUUUUCUGUUUUUUUGUCCUGUCUUUUUGGGGUGUCAGCGGAAGCAAAUAAUGCUAUCAAGGAACAAUCUGCAUUAAAGGAAUAGUUCACCCAAAAAGGAAAAUGUCAUCUAGUCACACUUAUUACAGCCAAGACAAACAAAGUUAUCAUGAUACGAUAUCACACAGUGUGUACAGCUUUGUUUGGCUUUCUCCAAAGAAUUAUAAAAUAAUAAAACCAGAAAAAAACAACACUAUGUCUUCAAACGGCCCCUCCUGUAUAAUGUUAGUGUUCUGAAACCAUACAGUUAGCACUUAGGGACCAACAAGUUUCAUAUUUACUAACUUCAGGUGCAUUUUGGGAUUUUUGAUCUCAGAGUGUUUGAAAAUGUUUUGGCAUUGAAACUAGCUAAUCAAGAAGCAAACAGAGACACAUGGACCCUGCGGCAAAAAACGCAAAAGUCCUUCUGGCCUCUAAGUUUGAGGUGGCUGAAGCAAAGCUGUGUCUGCUGAGCUGAUGUCAGAAAUAGUUUUUUGGAUGCACUAUUCCUUUAAAUCUGUGUUUGACUAGCAGCGAUUCAUCUUCUAUUUCCCUUGUACCGGACGUUUGCUUGCACUCCUGUUAAUUUUGUUGCCAGAGGAGUUUGACCCACCAAGUAAGAUGUCAAGGAUGCAGUUAUUUGUACCCGAGGCAGAUCAAUCCACACACCUUCUGUAUAACAUCCAGGGCAUUUAGCAGACGUUCUUACCCGAGAGAGGGUUUCCUUUGACACAAUAUGUGCUCAUAGACAGCUGGAUUGCUGGGCAGUCCGUCUAUAACUCCUCAACACCACACAUAAUGGAAAGGAGUCUGUCAACAUUUUGUGUCUCUACAUUUGAAUAAUUUGCAUUUACAGCCUCUGUGUGCCAUUGCAGAGGAACUGCACCCUUCAUGAAAUUGUAAAACUCUGAUAAUUGACCUGAUGUGGUAAUAUUUGAGAUUUUAAACACAUUUCUAAAUGAUAAUUGUGCUUUACUUGUAUAUGUUGUGUUCAGUAUUAGAGCGUGUUUGAAUGCUAUGCCAUAUGUAUCUCCGGUGUCGUCUUUUAUUUAUACUUGAGGGAUUCAUUCUGUAAUGAUAUAUCUAAAUAUAUACCCGAUAUGGAAAUAUUUUGCUCUCUGACAGUCACGCAGAUGAUUCUGUCUUCCAGCAGUUUGUUCAAAUUGUCAUCUUCGAACAGUGACAUGUUAUACUGCGGUGUCGGCGCUUGUUUUUAAAAGCUUUUUGUUUUUGGAAUGGUCAAUCUGUGUGCUGUAUGAAGUUCCUCAAGAAGGUUAGAAUCAUGAGCAGCCCCAAACUGACCAACAAAAACAUGUCUGGUUAUUUCCCUCUUCACAAACACUCAAAACGCCAGGUUAAAGCUGCAGUGUGUGAUGGUUGAACCACACCUUUGGGAUUCCUUUGCUUUCAGUGCACUCAAUACAAAUUCAGAAGCCUGUCAGCUGUCUCUACUGCCAUACAUUAUAUUUUUCAGGAUCCAUAAAUGUAGAAGUAAAAAACUUUUAAAGGAAGUAAUUCUCCUUUUCUAAAUGCAGUGAUUCUGUGAUCACAGAUCAGCUAUUGAAUGGUUGUCAUUUCCCAGAGGUGUCCUUAAAAGUAAAAGAUUUUCUCAACCUGGCUGACUGUUCAUCAUCAUCUUUCCUUCGUCGUCAGUGAGCGGCUCAGGUGAACUCCACUCCACCCAAACCCCCAGACAGGAAGGGCUGUGAUUUGAGCCAUAACGCUGAUCUCAGUGAGGCGAAUGGACUGUUCAUCAUUAGAGGAACAUUGAUACAGAUGGUUUGAAAUUCUGGAGAUGAGCUUUUUGCUUUUUUUGAAUAAAAUAUUUAAGAAAAUA